CCCCCGCCCGCCGCCUCCGCCCGCCGCCCCGGCCGCGUCGGGUAAACCUGUUUGGCGAGGCGGCCGCGCCGGGGCGGAUCGUGCGGCCGGCGGCUCCCUCGCGGCUCGCGGCGUCGGGGCCCGUGGCGCGCGCGCGGCCGCCCCUCGGCCCCGGAGCCCCUCGGCGGCGCCACCAUGUACUCGGGAGCCGGCCCCGUGCUCGCGCCUCCCGCGCCGCCACCGCCACCCAUCCAAGGAUAUGCCUUCAAGCCUCCACCCAGACCCGACUUCGGGACCUCCGGGAGAACAAUCAAGUUACAGGCCAACUUCUUUGAAAUGGACAUUCCAAAAAUUGACAUCUACCAUUAUGAAUUGGAUAUCAAGCCGGAGAAAUGCCCGAGGAGAGUCAACAGGGAAAUAGUGGAACAUAUGGUCCAGCACUUUAAAACACAGAUCUUUGGGGAUCGGAAACCAGUGUUUGAUGGAAGAAAGAAUCUCUACACAGCGAUGCCCCUCCCAAUCGGGAGGGAUAAGGUGGAGCUGGAGGUCACACUGCCAGGAGAAGGGAAAGACCGCAUCUUCAAGGUGUCCAUCAAGUGGGUGUCCUGUGUGAGCUUACAGGCGUUACACGAUGCACUUUCGGGGCGGCUGCCCAGCGUCCCCUUUGAGACGAUCCAGGCCCUGGACGUGGUCAUGCGGCAUUUGCCAUCCAUGAGGUACACCCCCGUGGGCCGCUCCUUCUUCACGGCGUCCGAGGGCUGCUCCAACCCCCUCGGGGGGGGCCGGGAAGUGUGGUUUGGCUUCCAUCAGUCCGUCCGACCUUCUCUUUGGAAAAUGAUGUUAAACAUUGAUGUCUCAGCAACUGCGUUUUAUAAGGCACAGCCAGUAAUCGAGUUUGUUUGUGAAGUUUUGGAUUUUAAAAGUAUUGAAGAACAACAAAAACCUCUGACAGAUUCCCAAAGGGUAAAGUUUACCAAAGAAAUCAAAGGUCUGAAGGUGGAGAUCACGCACUGUGGGCAGAUGAAGAGGAAGUACCGUGUCUGCAACGUGACCCGGCGGCCCGCCAGCCACCAAACAUUCCCGCUUCAGCAGGAGAGCGGGCAGACGGUGGAGUGCACGGUGGCCCAGUACUUCAAGGACAGGCACAAGCUGGUUCUGCGCUACCCCCACCUGCCAUGUUUACAAGUCGGACAGGAGCAGAAACACACCUACCUUCCCCUCGAGGUCUGUAACAUAGUAGCAGGACAGAGAUGUAUCAAAAAGCUGACCGACAAUCAGACCUCAACCAUGAUCAGAGCGACUGCCAGGUCGGCGCCCGAUCGGCAAGAAGAGAUUAGCAAGCUGAUGCGAAGCGCAAGUUUUAAUACAGAUCCGUAUGUUCGUGAAUUUGGAAUCAUGGUCAAAGACGAGAUGACAGAUGUGACCGGACGGGUCCUCCAGCCGCCCUCCAUCCUCUACGGGGGCAGGAAUAAAGCGAUCGCCACCCCUGUCCAGGGCGUCUGGGACAUGAGGAACAAGCAGUUUCACACGGGCAUUGAGAUCAAGGUGUGGGCCAUCGCGUGCUUCGCCCCCCAGCGCCAGUGCACGGAGGUCCACCUGAAAUCCUUCACAGAGCAGCUCAGAAAGAUCUCGAGGGACGCUGGGAUGCCGAUCCAGGGCCAGCCGUGCUUCUGCAAGUACGCCCAGGGGGCGGAUAGCGUGGAGCCCAUGUUCAGGCACCUGAAGAACACGUACGCUGGCCUUCAGCUGGUGGUGGUCAUCCUGCCUGGCAAAACCCCCGUUUACGCCGAGGUCAAGCGCGUGGGAGACACGGUGCUGGGGAUGGCCACGCAGUGUGUGCAGAUGAAGAACGUGCAGAGGACCACGCCCCAGACCCUGUCCAACCUCUGCUUGAAGAUCAACGUCAAGCUGGGAGGCGUGAACAACAUCCUGCUGCCCCAGGGGAGGCCACCCGUGUUCCAGCAGCCCGUCAUCUUUCUGGGGGCCGAUGUCACCCACCCACCCGCUGGGGACGGGAAGAAGCCUUCCAUUGCCGCCGUCGUGGGCAGCAUGGACGCCCACCCCAACCGCUACUGUGCCACCGUGCGGGUUCAGCAGCACCGGCAGGAGAUCAUCCAGGACCUGGCCACCAUGGUCCGCGAGCUCCUCAUCCAGUUCUACAAGUCCACGCGCUUCAAGCCGACCCGCAUCAUCUUCUACCGCGACGGCGUCUCAGAGGGGCAGUUUCAGCAGGUUCUCCACCACGAGUUACUGGCCAUUCGCGAGGCGUGUAUUAAGCUGGAAAAGGACUACCAGCCAGGGAUCACGUUCAUAGUGGUGCAGAAAAGGCACCACACGCGGCUCUUCUGCACCGACAAGAACGAGAGGGUUGGGAAAAGUGGAAACAUUCCGGCAGGCACGACUGUGGACACGAAAAUCACCCACCCGACCGAGUUUGACUUCUACCUGUGUAGUCACGCCGGCAUCCAGGGAACAAGCAGGCCUUCCCACUACCACGUGCUUUGGGACGACAAUCGUUUCUCUUCCGACGAGCUGCAGAUCCUCACCUACCAGCUGUGUCACACCUACGUGCGCUGCACGCGCUCCGUGUCCAUCCCGGCGCCGGCAUACUACGCUCACCUGGUGGCCUUCCGCGCCAGGUACCACCUGGUGGACAAAGAACAUGACAGUGCCGAAGGAAGCCAUACCUCCGGGCAGAGUAAUGGGCGAGACCACCAAGCCUUGGCAAAGGCGGUCCAGGUUCAUCAGGACACGCUGCGCACCAUGUACUUUGCUUGACGUGUCAUAGUGUUUACGAUGGUGUACGGAGUUGGAUUCACAUGAGACCAGCUACACUCAGACCAACAGAUGCCCAGCCCUUCCGUGACAGCCAGCAUCGAACAUGAGACGUCAUCGAUUUUAGUAGAUUCUCCAUCUUCCAGAAUGCCUUCCGUCCCGGAUUUCAGACUUGGAUUUUGAACUGCAGACCUGUAUGAGACCCCAUUGUCGUAGGAAGUAUGGUUUGCCAAAAUCUAGAAGCUGCUUCUUAAAAUAGAGUCCCGUGUUUCCUAAAAAUCUCCUAAAACCAGUCUAUGAACUCAGGGCUUUAAAACAUUUUUAAUUUAUUUGGUCAUUCAAUUUACUUGUUUUUAAUACAUGAUUCUCUAUGAAAUUGAUGGGCUCAAACUAGCUGUGAACGUUCUCAGAGAGUGGAAGCAAAACACAGAGCACGGCAGUGGUUUUAAAGCCUUGAGCGUUGUGACGUGGUCGCUGACGUCUACACCAGAGUGACCCAAUGCGCUCCUGACAGGGCUCACACAAGCUCUUCGGGGCCGAGGGCAGGUGGCCCGCCGAGGCGCCCACGGGCGUCUCGCUCUGUCACCACCCGCCUCUCACUCAGCUUGAAAUAAGGAGCGGGGGCAGAAGACGGGCCAUGUGUGUUUACAACAUUUAUAGGUCCAGAGAGAUUGGCAGACAAGUGCCAUUUUAAUAAAAAUUUAUUUAAAAAAAAAAAAAAAAGAAAAAGACAAUAUGCCGACAGUCUAAUCGUAAGAUUUGUCCUAUAGGACUGUGACAUUUAUUUUCCAAAGUUUCUAAAGAAUACGGGUCUGUGGUGAUAAAUACAGUACAAUCCUUUUUCACUGUUAUGUCUUUAAUGUAAGAGAAAAAAUAUAUAUAUCUGGUUUGCAGUAUUAAUGUGAUAGGUAGACGCUGUUUUUUCAUUUUAUUGACUAUGGGGUGCUUAUUGUGAUCUGUUUAGCAUAUCAGGAGUGUUUUGGAGCCUGGAGACUGGACCGCCUCGUGUGGUUCUCGCGCUUACGUACAGGAGUAUGCAAUUGACUCAAUGUGACCGCGACCCGCCUUCCCUGCGUAGAUUGCGUAGCCUGUACCUUGGGGGGCACCGAGCGCGCACGGCAGCUGCUCGCCGCCACCCCACCUCCCGCCCCCGUGUGUUGCUCAGCCGGUUAAGCACAGAUGGAAUGUACUUAUUCUUCCAUUCCUGGAACAGGUCCACGUGUCGGAGUGCACUUCCCUCUGCGUCUGGUUCUCUGUUAGACGAGUCUCGUAGGAUCUAUGCACUGAAACGCGCAGAGAGCCGUCGGCGGUGGCUCCCCGUUGGGCGCGAGGCCAGCGGCCCGCGACGGAGCCUGCCCGCGGAGGUGGCGGACGCGGGUUUGCCAAUCUAGAAACCGUCACACUAAGCGUGAUACCACGGACAACUCCGGAAGGGUAACAGCAGACGAUUCUGUGCUAAGUGGGCUGUUUGUCCUCGUAGACAGUUUUUAAAACAAAUCAAAUCCACGUUCAGUGUAGAGAUCCGGGGAAGGAGACGAGCCCUUCUCCCCCCCCCCCCCCCCCCCCCAGUGCUGCUUUGUGCUCUGUAGGUUUACCCCUCCCUGCCGACGGCCCUCCCCGGACCCCCUCCCCGACACUGACCUCUGGCCCUGUGGUGGGGCGGGGGUCCCGAUGGGCUGCCUCUUGCUGGAGACAGCACCCCCACCUCCAUCCUUGUCUGCUGGCUCGGAGCGGGGAGGGGCGACCGCAGGCGGGGCUGUGACGGACACUCGGCCUAGAUUUUGGCGGCGAUGACAAAGGGGCGACUAUUGUUUGUGAAGAUAUAUACUCAGAGUGGUGUGUGCGUGCGUGUCUGUGUGUGCAUGUGGGUGUCUUAGUAAUGGCGUUAGCCUUUUCUUGCUGUAUCUUUUUUGUUUUGGGUUUUUUUUUGUUUUUUGGGUUGGUUGGUUUUUUUUGUUAUUUUGUUUUUUGUUUUCUUUUUUUUUUUUGUUAUUUUGGUCUUUUUAAACGAACAGAAGCCUCUGCUCUAAGAAAUGUUGCAAUUCCCUGUCCUUUUAUUGGCAAGUGGCACUUUCUCCUAUUUUCAGAAGGAUACCAAUACACUCUUGGCUUAAAUUACCAGGAGCAUCCAAGCUAAGGAGGGAAUCUCUUCACUAAUACACCUUCGAAAUCUGAAAUUAGGUUAGUUUUCAGCCAUGUUUAGGGUCAUCUGGAACCGUGUGUCUCAAAGGCUCAUUUCUGUGACCUGCCACAGGGUCCUGGCGGUCAGGGCAGUGGCGGGUGCUUGGUAAAAAUGCAGACCCCUGAAUCAGAUUCUCCAGAGCUGGGCUGGGGGUCUGUAUUUUGUACCUUCAGCCGGGAUUCCGGGGCUGCCUGAAGUCUGAGAACCCGUGAUGGAGAACUUUCUGAAGAGUAAUCUCCCUCGAGCACCGAGGGCCCAGCCCAGGGGAGCCCUUUGGCAGUGCAGGCAGGUGCCUUCUAAGCUAACGCCUAGGAAAGAUCACAGGCUGACGGAAAAUUAGACCUUUUUUUUCUUUAAUCAUUUGAAGGCAAGGUGUUCCUUUUCGUGGGCCAUAGUACUUCGAGAAAGGUACUUUGUACAGCCCUAUGCUAGUUUUAUAAAACCUUUCAUACUAAAAGCAUUAACAGACCAAACGUCUCCAGCUGGGUUAGCUGCAUACCUUUGUACACAUCUGAUGAUUCAGAAUUCAAAUGGCUGUAGUUACAGUUUCUCAGGUAAAUAAUUGUUUUCCCAAAUUUCUACCAAUCCCCCAUUAUUAGGAUCAGUUUUGAGACAGCGUGAAACCUCAAAGUGCAGUAGACUAAGUCUGAGCCCUGUUCACGUGGAGCCAAAAGGGGCCCUCGCCCGUCUCUGUGCUUGUACCCCCCCGCCCCUGGGCUACCUCGGCCCUCGUGGCCCCAGAUUCCCGGGGGAGCCCCGUCCUCCGCACGCGUGCGGUCACUGGAGGCUCGGGGCCCAUGUGGACUCGAGUGGCAUCUGCUCGCUGGCUUUGCCCCGCCCCACUGUUAAGUAAGGUGUGCCUUGCUUUAAGCAAACUGAAUGUGAAAAUUAUGAUGUAGAAAUCUGGAUUCAUUAAAGAGGAAAACUAGGAUUCAUCUCGUCUCUUUCAAAGAGGUCUCCCAAUGAGAUUCUUAAACUGGUACUCUUCCUAGUGGAUUUUAAAAUGUUCGCUUUAAGAGAAAUGACUGUACCCCCCCUCCCUUCCCCACUGUUCUGCUCGCCCCGCUCUCGCCCUAGUGACAAAGCAAUGAAGGAAACCCCGGGGGAGCCGAGGGCGGCCGCUGCUUUGUGCCCGUGCCCCUUGGGGAUGCUGAGAUUCCAGCCUGUUUGUGUGCUACAAGCUCAGAAUUGCCUAGUGCGGAUACGUUAUUGUAAAACUGGGCAUACCUGUACUUUUAGAAAGGGACUGUUUGGUUUGGGAGUUGAGAAAUCUUCACACACACACUUUUGAUACGUUAUAGGAUCUGCUUUUACUUUUUAACGUGAUGUCGCUUUCUGGUGGUGUUCUCACACUCCCGUGGAUGAAUGUUUGCACUCUAGAACCACAGGCGGCCCCUGGCCCUCGGUGGGUGGGGGUAGGGGGGGGGGGGCUUGCCCGAGAGGGACGUGAUGGCAACGGAGUGAUUUCCCUGCUCUUUUGAGGUUGGCCGGGGUCCCUGCUCUGACUGAUAUUCACCCUGGCUGCGGGGUGCUCAUUGGAAAAGACCGUGUAGUUCAGUUCCUGCAGCGGGGUGCGGGGUAGUUUUACUGAUGUCGUAUUAUAUGUUAUUUUUAUUGUUGGUAAAUGCAAAUGUUGCUAUUUAUUUUUUUUCUUUCUGCUCUGGUUCGAUUUGGCCGAUGUGGAUAUCCCAGUGCAUGUGGUACCUGAUGGAUAUGCUAGCAGUUUCUUUCCCCAACUUUUAUAAAUUGCCUAAUGUUUACCUGCAAGUUUGCCGGAUGAUUUUAUUUUUGAAAGCCACAAAUGUAAUUUUUCUGGAUGAAUUGUUUUUCUUAUAUAUGCAGCAAUGUAAUUUUACAUUGAUCUGCAGGGUGAUUUAAAUUUUAUUUUUACAAGGCAGUUUUUCAGUCAAAUUAUAUAUUUGAUACAAUAUGUUAAGGGUAGACCAGCCAAGCGUCCUGCAGUUGGGACACCAGACUGUCUCUGGGGGGCCUGGGGGGCUGGGACGGCUUCUCUUGGUUGUUUGGCAUCAUGGAAGCACUUGGCUUGGUUCGUGGAGCCGUCAGGAUCUGGAUGUACUCCUUCAACGGGACUUUGAUCUGUUGGACAGUUAAAAGGAUUUUUCAUGGGCAUUUUCCUACACCUAAGGCAGUUCCAUUAGGAGGAGCUUUAGAAGUUGACAUAAUCCAGACAGUGGACAAUCCCAGUGGCCCAGACAAGCCAUAGAAAUUUCCCUGUGACCUCUCUUUGACUCAUCUCUCACGCUCAUGAGAAAAGGAAUGUACAAUAAAUAGAAACUUCCUCAGUGUUCGUACGCCUCACUUUCAGAAUGCAACUAGUUUAUUUAUAUUUUAAGCCCUUCCCCAAAGUAACCAAGAAUCUUCUCCCUCGAGCUGCCCUGCCUGCGGGUUUCGGCUGCGGUGACGUUCUCUUCAGUGUGGACACGGUGCACGUGUGACUUUGUAAUGGGGCUGUCUGUGUUACACACACACGCUGACUCUUUUGUAAGGAAGAUUUUCAACUCAGAAUAAUUGCACUGAUUUUUUGACAACUUCCUUUUUAUUAUGUCCAACUUUGCAUCUGCUGUACUUGUUUGAAAUGAUUGUAAAUAGACGUAGGGCCGCAAACGUGAUAGGAACGCGACGCGUCGCUUUGUUGUAGGGUACUGGCACGUUUUCAGUAUUAUGUGUUAGAAUCGCGUGGACUUCACUCUGCCUCUUUAGCCUUGUGUCUGCUGACCAUUCAUGAAGGACAAAUUAGCCUCGUUUUCUUGUUUUCCAGAAAGGAAGUUUGCAGUUUAUUGAAAGGAGAGUAUGCUCUCCCGUUGAGGUCUGAAGAUUUAACUUUAAGAGGGUUAAUUAUAAAUCCUUUGAACGCUCUCUUUGGUCUAAUUCCUGGUUGUUUUUCAUGGCUCCUUAAAGCAUUUUCUUCCAGUUCCAUCCAGCAUCUGACAGUUGGGAUCAGAAGCAUCUGUGUGGCCAAUGUUGCCAGAGGGUGAGGGCCUCCCUCACUGCUCUUUGGUCAGCCAUCAUUUUAAAGCCAUGAGAUCACUGUUGUGUCAAAACCGUCAUUUGUGGCUUAGCCCAUCAAUGCUGGAGAGACCAGAGAUCCAGCGCUGUUCCUUUAUGCCUUGUGACGUUGCUAGAUGAGAAGUAUGUGCUACAGCCCACAGCCCACAGUGUGUAAUCGUUUGCGGUCAGGCUACCCAGUAAGACACACACGGAGCUUCUAGACCCAAACCAGUCACGAAUGUGUGUCAACGUAGCGUCGAUGCCAUCAUGGUGCCCUCCGUAAUGCUUUUUUGGUUAUGUUUUGCCAUUUUAUUGUCUAAAGUGAAUGUAUUGGCCUAGCCAAAUCACUACAGAAGGUGGUUUCUGAAUACCUUUUAGUUUAAAAAAAAGUAAAUAAAUGCAGAUAAAGGCUACCUCUGAAUUCUCAGUAGAUUCGUGUUUGCUCUUAAGCGUAGCUAUCCACACUGAAAAUAGCCAAAACGUUGCCUGAAAAAACCGAAUUGUGAACAUCUCUCUCUCCAAUUCUGGCUUGAAAAUGCGUGUGCCAUACUGUGACCCGUGGGCAGUCCCCUCCUCCCCCUCGGAGGUAAGAGAGGCGGGCCGGGACUCCUCGGGGCUGCCCGGCUCCGUUUUAGGACUCUAAGCGGCCAGCACGAAUGAAACGGAAGAGCCUCCCGCACCGUCCUCCCAGGCUGGCGGGAGCGCCUCCAUGCGGGGCUGCGUGCAGCGAGACCCUGAAGCCGCCUGUGGUCCUGGCCUUGUGCGCUUCCCUGUUUGUUGUGAGAAAGCACUCUCUUCUCUGCUUCACUUGUGAAUGGGUUGAAAAUGGCUCCCUCUGCGCUCUCCUCCCUUUUUAUACGCUCUGUAAAAUCACAAAGGUGCUUAAACACCGACUCUUGUGCAAAAAUAAUCCAUCUAAAGUGGCUGUGUGGUCGCAGGAGACAGUGCGGGUCGUGAUCGGCCUUUGAUCUUGGAACCUUGAGUUAUUGUCACUCCCUACUUAAAAAUGAUCUACGGUUUAAAAGCAAAAUGUUCUGUCCGAGUCCAAGGCCCUUUGUUUGACCGGACAUAAGGGCCCACAGCCAGCAUCUUGAAGUCGGAGUUCCCAGGGCCCCCUGGGUCAUCUGACGCUAACUCGAUAACUCGCAGGCAGUCUGUCCUGAGAGUCUGUCACCUACUGCUCUGAAUAGCCCUCCCUGUGAUUAACCACUUUGCUGCCAGAACGUCCUUUGCCCACACGCUGCCGUGGGUCAGUCGGGGUCGCCCUCUGCCCUCUUCACCUCUUGUCUUUAGGCUCGUUAGGUUCUCUCAUCUUUGGAAGGUCCGCAUUUGCUGCAAGACCCCUCCGUUGGUUUGCUCUUAAAUUCUUGAGGGACAGGCGGGCGGUUUUGCGGGAACGGACGUCUGGGGGCGUGGAGGUUGCUCUGCUCGCUCACCGGACGCUCAUCAGAUGCUGACUUUGGUGCAGAGAGGUUACGCGCGUAACAUGACCUGGCAGUUUUUGCCUUUAGCACUGUCGUUUUGGGUUUUGAUGCUUUUCUCGCUGCGCGGCGUGCUUUAAUCCUGAAAGAGCUAAGUGUCCUUUGCGGUCUUUCUACGAAUGUUUUGUAAUGGCGCGACUACACUGUUUUGUAGACACAGCCCUCCCCAAGAUGCGUGGGCGCUCAGCACGGGCACCCUCAGUGUCUGCUGACCUGCUGCUUCUGGAACUGCUCAGGCGCUCUGGGUUGGCCUUCUCUUCGACCAGAAUCCCAUUCAGGGCAUUUUCAGGGGACACCGCAUGGCAGCCCACUCUGAUUCAGUAAUGUGAACUGUUGAACUCAGAUCUGCCCAUGAGCUCUGUGCAUAAAUGUCUCCAGAAUCCCGGGGUGGGCCUCUCCCGCCAUUUUCACGUUCAUGAAAAAUUAUUUUAAAAGAGGGAGCUGAAGACUACUGGUGCUUUUGUUAACACUUUUCUCUUACUGGUUGAUGUGAAAGAGUUAAAGCUAAAACACCAAAUAUUAACUCUUCCUCCUCAAGUGUCUCCAGGAACUAGAUGUUGAGGCCACCCUCGUUAAGCACCUUCUGAAUCAAGGUCCUUCAACCCGUGAGUUGAUCCCAAGACCAGCCUACACCAUGAGGCCAGGGGUGCGGUGCAGGCCAACUGCGUGGCCCCUUGGCACCACUUGGCAGACCUCGGUGCUUGUGUUGGGGAGCCGAGGCUCCUUUGAACUCUAGAGACUUUGGGGACAAUCUGGGGGGGGGCGGGCGCGGGAGAGGGCAGGUCCCUCUGACCCAGGAAGCGGGUGGCACCAGGCCUUCCUCUGGUCUCCCUCGGUACCAGACUGAGCAUGUUCUGGAAGACCCAGUCUCAGCCUCUGUGCCUUUAAAAGUCCGGUCCUCAGUGUCCUUUUGGAAUCGCAUUGGGGCUGCGUUUUCAUUGGGAAGUAAGCCUGGAUCAUUCCACAAGUCAAUCAUUGACCUUCUGCCUUUGAAGCUGCGUUUGCUCCUCAGCUCCUGACUUUGUAAACUGUGAUGCCCGUGCAUACUGUCUCACGUCGGAAAACGUUAGGUUCUUGUAGCCGCAGGAUUUCCUUUCCAAGUCCACGUCCGCAGCGGGGAUUCCGGGAAAUGCGCGCAAGAUCCAUCUCUUUUAGUCAGGCAUCGACCAUAACCGUCAGCAAGACCUGGUGGUUUUGUCCCCUUAGUUGCUUGACAAGACUAUUUAGUGUCAUGAAACUAGAUUUUUAGAAAAGGAAUUGGAAUCGUGUCUCUGGUAAAUUGCGUGUGAAGUCCUCAGACGUAAGGUGCUAUUCAGUCCUACUGUCCUUCUCUCGGGAUGCUUUUCGUUAGUGUUGCUCUGUUUUGUGUGGUGUGCGGGGAAGCUGCUGACUGGGGUGAGCCGUGCAUAUAGGACUCCCGAUGCUGACAUACCUAAAAUGCAGUUUUUAUCUCUAACUCGUCCAAGCCAGGUUUGGAGCAGUUUCUUGGCUGAUGGUCUAAUGACAAUACACCUUACCCUGUCCAGGAUGAUUUUAUUGCUUUCAAGUGGGGGAAAGAACCCAAUGUUAUUUAUUUUUAAAAUGCAUAGAAAUCCACCCUUAGUGGCUCCUCUUGGCCCUCCCUUCUCCCAAUCUCUCCUUUUUGAAAGGCAGUGAGUGGUCUUUCCCUCGGCAGAGGUGCUGGCUGCAGAGGGGAGGACGCAUUCAGAAUUUCGGAUCUUCUUCCAAGGCAAAUACACGCGUGACUAAAAUCCUGAGAGUAUAUAGUGUAGCACUAAAUGGAAAUUUGAGUCCUGAGUUUGAUAGUGGAUUUUAAUGUAGUGGCUGAAGGUAUGAAUUCAUGUUUUGUAUCUAUAGAGGCAAGUGAGUUUUUACUUUUUAAAAAGUUUUAAGAGAAUAAUUGUUAAGUUUCUGUGCAGCAAAGUGGCUAAUUACUCAUUAAAUACAAGAAAAGAAUGUAGUGUCUAAAUCCAGAUUUUUCUUACCUCUGAUACACUUCAGAUUACUUACCUAAUAUGUAUUGAGGGGUUUUAACCCUGAGUUUUAUCAACUUUUCUAGUUUUAUUUUAUUUUUAUAAAAUAAUUGAAAAAGAACCAAAAAUGAAUUCAGAAGUUCCAUAGGUAGAUCUUGCCCCUUCUUAAUUUUCCCCCCACAAUAAAACAUUUUAGAAGAUAUUUUGAAUCCAAAUGUAUUGUGACCAUUGAAAGUUUACUAUUUUCUAAGAAGCUGAGCAGCUACAAGGGCCUCGUUUCAGGCGGUACUCUGCGUAUUGUCUACGGACUGUUUAUACCUGUGCGGUGGGUCUAUGUGACGACGUCUUGUGCUUGCAAUAGAGAAACCGUGCAGUGCUGUUUUGUAAAACUGAAAGUUCCUGUACAAACUAGUAUUUAUAUACAUCGGCCUCUCUGUAUAAUUUCUCAUUUGCUACAUGAAUUGUACAAUUAAUUAUAAAAUUAUAGUACCUGCUAAAUACAAUUCGGAGGCUUACGUCCUUGUCUUUUGUUCACCACCAUUCCGUGUGUUUUGAGGAUGUCCGAUGCCUGCAUGACGCGAGGUGGUAAUGCCACUUUAAAUCAAGCCUUAAUCAGAUGUUAAAAUUGUAAGUUUCAGAGUAUGCAAAAAUAUUAGGCAGGGUGGGUUUAAACUGUUCAGAUCAAGAUGCUAUAUCCUAAAUCAACCAGUCUCUUCUCUGGAGUUACAAAGGGAAACUUUCGGUGAUCCAGAUCCCUCUCUCGCUCUCUCUGGUCUGGCAUGGCCGUUGCCACUGCUCGAUGAAAACGGACCAUUGUGCAUUUCUGUGGCAGUCAAAAUGACCUAUUCUGAAAGUCUAGAGACUUUUUCAGGGUUACUUUUAAAUGUUUGUUUUUUUUCCCUCCAGUCUGAGGUUUAUUUAUGGCAAAUGGAGUGUGAUUUGGGCAUGAAUCUUACUGAACCUGCUCACGUUCUAAGCUUUCUUCAGGUAGUGCCACCUGCCAUCGCUUCCGCAUAGGAUUAUCUGGAUUUUUGUUUUUGUAAAAGCAUCUUAAACUUAGACAUAAAAUGGAGGGGACCCAGCUUUCUUUACAAUGUGGAUCUACCUCAGUUAAACAGUUGGGUGCUAUUUACUAAGUCUGUCAAAUCAAAUUGGAAAAAGUAACCAAACAGCAAGAUAUAACUCCACACAAAGCUUGAAAUCAUAAUUUCCGUUUAUUUAAUAAUCUUUUUAUUUAUUUUGUGCCUUUUGUGUUGAAUCCUAAUGCAUUGAAAAAAUCAGUAUGAAAUUAAAAUUCUUACAUUGCAGGUGGGGAGAAAAGCCCAAUUGGCCAUGGAAUUUGAUAGGUUGCCCCAGCCAACAAGUAAGGUAGAACUGAAAUCCCAACUGCCCUCUUGUGAAAAGAAAAGAAAAAAAAAAAAUUACGUCCAAGAGCAAAUUAACAUUUUACAAACAAAUUCCAAACUCUUCUAUGCAUGUACUUAAAGCUCUCUCUUCAUUUUCUGUGCCAAUGAAGGGGCAGCCAAAACAACUCCCAUGUACUUAACUGUUGCGGGUUUUGCCAUCUGUGCCCCUCCCCCCCCCCCCCCCCCCCCCCGCCACCUCUGGCGUAUUUUAUACAUUUAUUUCAUAAGCAGCAAAUGGACUGUUGUCGAUUUCGUCUCUCCUGGUGGAGGUGUUGGUGGCCAGGGGGGAGCAGGAGGAAGAGGGGGGUGCGGGAGCCACUGAAGUGUGGGGUGGGCCGUGGUGGGGUGGGGGGAGGCCUGCAUUCAGCAACAGCCCCGGGGUUGCCCUGAGUUAGGCAAGCUUUCUGGCAGGUGAGAAAGUUAAGGUAAGAGAUCGAUGACUUUCCAUGCUUUUAUAUUUGGCAGUUUACAAUUCUAGACUUUUCCUACUGUGGUGAUCUUUUUUAACUUGUUUGGAGGUAACACAAUAUUUUGGAGUCUUAAGAAUUUGAUUUUAUACCAAUAAGAAAUAAAAAUUAGGGAUCUUUCCUGUAGUGUAUAGUUUUACUAUUUUAAAGAGAUCUCUGAAUUUUACAAGAGAACCAACAUUCCUUAGUGGCAAAACUCUGAAAGCUGAUUUGGGAGGCUUUUUGCUGCAGGAUCUCCAAAAAAUGGGACGAUUCUAGUUAAGUGUUCUCGUUGUUGAGCGUCCAUCGGGUCAGUACUUGAGCUCUAUUUUGUAGAGUCGCUCAUCCUUCGGUAUGCUGCAUAUACAGACCGGCGCCGUUGCACUUUCUCAGUGGUGAGAAACGCCCCGCAAUUGGCUCACCAGUAAGCAUUCUGUUCUUUCACCUAACAAGAGUACUUUGGGGCAGGUGAUUAAAUUUAUAUAGGUACCUCAAGAAAAAGAACCUGAAUAUGCUGCAUUUUGUUUCUUUAGCUUUUGUAUGUAGCAUUUUGUUUUGCUCUUAUCAUUUUGUUUAGAUCGACGCUUUUUGGACCCCAAUAGACUGUUGGACGAGAUUUUAAAGUGACUCUUGUCGGGAUACAGGAUCCUUUGUUUUUGUCUUUUCAACUUCAGUAUCUGGUUCAAAGGUCGCCCACCAUUAGUGCUACUUCACCCAAAUGCACCUGCGAAAAAGGAUACCGUGUGUGUAGGCAGACAAUAAUGUUCCCAGUCCUUUCUGUUCAUGCUGCUUCCUUAAUUCUUUUCUCCGUGUCAUCAAGAGGUUGGAUGACUUGUUUCUAAGGUCAGACUUAAACAUCUUGGCAUCUUAAUGGCUUCAACACAGACCUCACAAAAUUGCCAUUGAGUAAGUAGCAUGAUCCUAAAGGAAGCGCUGGCAUCAGGCAGCCGGAUGGAUCUGGUCUCGGAAGAGCCAGUCUCCGCGUCUCUCCAUCCCCAGCCCUCACCCUCACCCGGCAGGUGGGGAGUGGUCUUGAUGGACGAAAGACAAACUGGUGAAGAAUGCCAAAGGCUGAGACACUGAGCAUCUAUUGUCACGUUCAAGCUUAGCUGGGUCCUUUCGAGUUUGUUUUACAGCUUACUAGGUUAAGUAGUUUGCACUAUUUUUGCAAUAAAUUCAUGGAAAACCUAACAGUUACUUGUUUUGUUUCUUACUGUGUGUAUAUAAACUAAUACUAAAGUUUGGCAUAGUGUUUUUUCACCUCCUUACAUAACCCUUAACAUGCACAGAAUGCUGUAAAUCUGAUAAAAUAUGAUGUGAAUGAUAUUUUAUAAAGUUAUUUUGUAUGGUGUCAAUUUUGUUUUGCCUCAUAGUAUGUCAGCAAAAAAUAAAAUAAAAUUCCUCAUAUUUACA